AUGGCACCCAAUAGCCAGAGCCCUGGCGAUUAUGACAGCCCCUCCUCAAGCCAGAUCCCGCUUCAGGAUCUCUCGAGACACGAUGACCCCGCCGACGAGCGCGGUAGAAGUAGCGCCAACAACGCGGGGGGUGGCAUCUUCUCACGACCUUCGAUGAUGCGAACGGGGCCCCAGACUCAAUAUCAGAGUGUGGCUGCGGACUCGCCAAUUGACACGCCAUCGGCGAACCGGAAUCCCUUCCCACAACCGGCCGAUGCGCGCGAAGAGGAUAUCGCUCACCACGAUCUGGGGCAACUCGCACAGGCCAUGUCCUUUGGCAUUAGCUUCGAUGAGCCAUACUCACGAUCUUCAGCUGCUGGUCUCCCAGCGAACCAUGACUUUAACGAUUCCGCAUCCGACCACCUCGAUAAUGUGCCCUUGGACACGUACCAGUCUCAUGACCGCGACCACUACGCCCCUUACCCCCCCCGCGACGGACGAGGAAGAUGCAGUUCUCGGCUGGGUGAUGACCUUCCCCAUGUCGAAGAAGGUCUUGGUCUUGGCCGUGGACGUGGUAGCAGUGCUAGAUCCCGUUCCUUGUCACCUUCUACCGGAGGCGCCCUCCAUCGAGCCAGCUCCAUGGUGAAAUCGAUGUCGCAACGUGUGGUCAAUUUGAGUAACGAACCGGAGGUUGUUCAGCAAUCGAUCGAGAGGGAGGAGUCGGACAAAAAUGCGCGAAUGGAUGGGCCUCCCGUUCUCCCCGCGAUGGUCGAUUUUGGCCCUGAAUUAAGUGCAGAGGACCGACGAGACAAGCGCAAUUCAGCAACGGCCUGGAAGCAUCUGAACAACCCAUUCCGAGGCAGGUCACUCGGCAUCCUUGGACCGAAUCACCCACUUCGACUUUGGCUUUGCGAUAUCCUCGUUCAUUCAUUUAUGGAACCCUUUGUCCUCCUGAUUAUCAUCAUCCAAACUAUUCUACUUAUUGUGGAAUCCUCCAAAUCCGUGUUCAGCAAACCUAUCGCAGCACGAUGGUCUGCGACUCCGCUGGAUUGGGUUUUUCUUAUAAUUUUCAUCUUUUAUACUCUUGAGAUUUGCGCAAAGAUUUUGGUCUCUGGUUUCGUUUUUAACCCGAUGGAGUAUAGCACUGUCAAUCGCUCCCUGGGCAUCAGGAAGGCGAUUGCGGAGAAGGGCAGGAACCUCAAUACUCCUCACCGACAGGCGACCACUAAAAAGGUCUCAUUUCUUCCAAGCGAACCACAGUCAUCUAUCAUUCGAACAUUUACCGGGUUGAAUGCGCUGGACACCCCAACUUAUGACGAUCCUCUUCAAAAGCGCCGGAUUCGACUUGCACAUAGAGCAUUUCUGCGACAUUCAUUUAAUCGACUAGACUUUGUGGCUAUCGUUGCCUUCUGGAUAUCCUUUUUCCUUUCCAUGGAGGGCGUGGAGAAAGCCCAUCAAUUGUACAUUUUCAAGAUGUUGAGUUGUCUUCGAAUUCUGCGUCUUCUUGCUCUCACAAACGGCACUUCUGUAAUUCUUCGAAGUCUUAAACGUGCUGCUCCAAAUCUCGUUCACGUCGCAUUUCUUAUCUGCUUCUUUUGGCUCCUUUUCGCCAUCGUGGGAAUCCAAAGUUUCAAGUCUAGUUUCAGAAGGACGUGUGUCUGGAUUGACCCCGAGGGCCAGUCGAACUACACCCAAACCGAACAAUUCUGCGGAGGUUAUUUUAACAAUACAACCGGCCAGGAGAUGUCAUGGAUUGAUACACUGGGUGUUCCUGCUGAUGCACAUAAGCCGAAAGGGUACAUUUGCCCCCGAGGUUCCAUGUGCAUUGAAGGUGAAAAUCCAAACAAUGGGACCAUGAGUUUCGAUAACAUCGUGCAAUCACUCGAGCUGGUCUUUGUCAUCAUGAGUUCCAACACCUUUACUGAUCUCCUAUAUUACACCACCGACAGUGAUUACAUGGCCUCCGCGCUCUUCUUUGCUUUCGGUCUGGUCAUUCUGAGUCUCUGGCUGGUUAACUUGCUGGUUGCCGUCAUCACUCACUCUUUCCAAGUCAUCCGAGAGGAGAGCAAGCGAAGUGCUUUCGCUGUUCAGCAAAUAGACGAGGUUGACAAUGAUGAAGCCUCCAAUCGCAAAAUAAGCACCAUCAAAAAGCUCUACGACAAGACGUACUGGUUUUGGAUCCUGAUCAUCAUCUUCGACCUUAUUGUUCAAGCUUUGAGGAGCUCUGGCAUGUCAGACGGCCGCCGUUCCUUCGUUGAUAACACCGAGACCGUCAUCACCCUAGUCAUGCUCGUCGAAAUCGUGCUACGCUUCGGUUCGGACUGGCGUGUGUUUCACCGGAGUCGUCGCAAUUGGUUCGAUCUCUUCCUUGUCGUCAUUACGUGCAUCAUCCAGAUACCCGCAAUCCGCCACUCGGGUCGCCCUUAUACCGUUCUCACGCUCUUCCAAAUUAUGCGUGCCUAUCGUGUUGUUAUGGCAUUUCCUGUCACCCGAAAGCUCAUCAUGGUUGUGUUUCGCAAUGUUGUCGGUCUGCUCAACUUGAUAUUCUUCUUGUUCUUGAUGACAUUCCUCGCCUCCAUUUUCGCAACGCAGCUAUUUCGAAGCCAGAUUCCCAAUGAGGUCGAUGGUGAAUCCAUCGCCAUUACUUUCGGUGAUAUUUACAACUCUUUCCUCGGCAUGUACCAGAUUCUCUCGAGUGAGAAUUGGACAGACAUUUUGUAUAACGCAACCUCCUACACAGUUCAUUUCAACACUGCUUGGAUUUCCGCAUCGUUCAUCAUCCUGUGGUUUAUCGUCUCCAACUUCAUCAUAUUAAACAUGUUUAUUGCUGUCAUUCAAGAGAGUUUCGAUGUCUCUGAAGACGAAAAGCGACUGCAGCAGGUGCGGGCUUUUCUAGAGCAAAAACAUGUUGGCAGUGCAACACAGGGUAACCUGGCCCUUUCGAAGAUUCUUCGAUUAGGUCGGGACUCGGAUCGUUAUAAAGAUCCGCUGGACCAUGGACCUGCCGCGCUGGAAAUGUUGUUGAAAGAUGCCGUUGUCCGCGAAUUCCUUGACGAAGAAGAAGACGUGGAAGAAGAGGGGGAUGGAGAAGGACAGAGACCUAAUAAUGCACGUAGAGCCAGUGGGAUGCCACUGGCCGACGGCGCGAACGCACAGGUAGUUCAGCCAGGCACACUCUCACGACUAUACACUAAGGCUAUGUCUCUCGUUAUGGGACGGGAGCCGAACCCGUUCUAUGCCAAGCUCCAAUUUUCCCGAGCAUAUGAAGAGCUUGACCCUAGGACAAUGGCAAAAGAGGUUGUUUCAGCAGCGGAGGCGAGAAAGCGAGCCCAGCGAAAUUAUCUCGUCGAUCAUCCCAACUACAACAAAUCACUGUACAUCUUCUCGCCGUCUCAUCCGCUCCGCAAGUUAUGCCAACGGAUCGUCGGACCUGGACGUGGCCACGAGCGAGUUGAGGGUGUGGAUCCUUACAAACCAGUCUGGUACGCUUUCUCGGCAUUCAUCUACGCGGCCAUCGUGGCUAUGGUGGUUCUCGCUUGUAUCACGACACCGCUCUACCAGCGAGAUUAUUUCCGCACUAAUCGCAAUUGGUUUGUGUACACGGACAUGGGAUUUGCUAUUAUUUUCUCGUGCGAGGCUAUCAUCAAGGUUGUCGCUGAUGGCUUCUUCUGGACCCCCAAUGCAUACUUCCGAAGUUCAUGGGGUUUCAUCGACGGUGUGGUGUUGAUCACUCUUUGGAUCAACGUUGGUGGAUCGUUAAGGCAUGACUGGAGUGUGUCUCGGGCAAUUGGCGCCUUUAAGGCGCUGAGGGCUCUCCGACUUUUGAAUGUCAGUGACAGCGCGAAGGAUACCUUCCACUCUGUGAUUAUCGUCGGUGGAUGGAAAGUUAUUUCCGCAGCUGCAGUCUCGAUGAGUUUCUUGAUACCGUUUGCUAUCUACGGUGUCAACUUGUUCAGUGGACAGCUGGUAUUAUGCAAUGAUGGCAACCUCUCUGGGGACCUGGGAAACUGCGUCAACGAGUUUGAAAAUACGCCAUCCAACUGGCCUGUUCUAGCACCACGAGUCGCAGCAAACCCCUUCUACGACUUUGACAAUUUUGGCAACUCGCUCUUCAUUCUUUUCCAAAUUGUUUCCCAGGAAGGCUGGAUCGAUGUCCAAGAUAGCGUGAUGCAAAUCACGGGCAUCGGCCAACAACCUCAAGAUGGCGCAGCACCGGAAAAUGGCCUCUUCUUCGUCGUUUUCAACCUGUUGGGCGCCGUGUUCGUCCUGACACUGUUUGUUUCUGUGUUUAUGCGCAAUUAUACGGAACAAACGGGUGUUGCUUUCCUGACAGCUGAACAACGUUCUUGGUUGGAAUUGCGCAAGUUGCUUCGGCAGAUCUCGCCCUCCAAGCGGUCAUUCAACGAGAAGAGCGCGAAGUGGCGCCAGUGGUGUUACCGGAUUGCGGUGAAGAAGCAUGGUCGAUGGGCACGAUUCGUGACGUGCGUCCUCGUUGUGCAUUUGCUCCUUCUGGUACUAGAAUUCUACCCCGAGCCGAAGUUGUGGGAACAAAUUAGAGCUGUCUUUUUCUUCAUCUUCAUGUUUGUUUAUAUCGCAAAUGUGAUCAUUCGAUUAAUCGGCCUUGGCUGGCAUCGGUUCAGCCGGAGCUCAUGGGAUUUAUACUCUCUUCUCGCCGUCCCCGGCGCUUUCGUGACCACGAUCCUGGAUAUCUCCUACCGGACUCAAGCCGUCCUUGAACUAAACAAGCUCUUCCUGGUUGCCAUCACUCUACUGCUUAUUCCCCGGAACAAUCAGCUUGACCAGCUGUUCAAGACAGCCGCAGCUAGUCUGCCCGUGAUCGGAAAUCUGCUUGCGACUUGGUUUGUUCUUUUCUUGGUUUUCGGUAUCGCCAUGAACCAGGCAUUCGGCUUGACCAAGUUCGGCAGCCAAGGGACUCAUAACAUCAACUUCCGAGACCUACCGAAGGCCCUGAUUCUACUCUUCCGGUGCAGUUGUGGAGAAGGGUGGAAUGCGAUUAUGGAAGACUAUGCCACCAUGGUACCACCUGUUUGCACCUAUAAUCCCAACUUCCUUGAUGACGACUGCGGCAGCGCUGCCUGGGCAAGGUGUUUGUUCAUUGCGUGGAACUUGAUCAGCAUGUACAUUUUCGUUUCACUGUUCGUGUCUCUGAUUUUCGAGAGUUUCUCUUACGUGUACCAGCGGAGCAGUGGCCUUUACGUUCUGAGCCGCGAGGAAAUCCGUCGGUUCAAGCAGGCUUGGGCGACCUACGACCCGGAUGGAUCGGGAUUCAUCACCAAAGAGCAGUUCCCUCGUCUCCUCGGAGAGCUCUCCGGUAUAUUUGCAAUGCGGGUUUACGAUGGGGAAUUCACCGUUGGAGCAAUUCUCGAACAUUGUCGGACUUCACCUCGCGAUUCAGUCCACUCACUGCAUAGCUCGUUCCCCAUGCGAUCGCGCGAAUCCAUGCGAUCACGCGAAUCUCUGAAUCCCCUGAACCCGAUGCAGCCAUCAGACCUUGCAGAGGGCAUUGACAUCGAGAAGCUGUCUCGUAUCAUCGACCGGAUCCCAGUCGAAAUCAUCCGCGAGCGACGACAGCGGUUGAACACCUUCUACGAAGAGGUCCUCGUAUCGGCCGACAUCGACCGCGGUAUCUCAUUCCAUCAGAUCCUGAUGAUCCUCGCACACUAUAACGUCAUCAGCGACAGCAAGAGUCUCCGACUAGAGGAAUUCCUGCGUCGUCGCGCGCGACUCCAGCGCGUGGAGGAAGCCGUCCGCCGCAACACGGUGAUGGGCUUCUUCGACACACUAUACUGGUCCCGACAAUUCCGACGAGCCAUCGAGCGCAAGAAGAGCGCCCGAAUGACAGCAAUCCCACAGUUCACGGUGCCGGAAAUCUUCGUCGACGACCCAGGCGAAGAACCCGAGGAGACACCAUCAGGUGUAAUGACGCCGCAAACGCAGCCCGAUCCCGACUCGCCAUUCGCGCCGAUGCUGUCGCCGACAUCGACCUUGCACCGAAGAGCGGAAUCGAGUCCCACUGGGCGUCAUACCGAUCUGCCUCGCUUGGACACGACUCUGACGGGCCGAUCGUCUGGCGGCAAUACCCCGACUGAUUGGGCGAGCUUUAGCCCCGCGCGGACUCCACGGCAUAUGUAUGGAGAGCGGGUCUCGUUCGAUGUUGAUGAGCGUCGCGGGUCGGCGACACCGUCGUCGGGGACGGCCGAUCAUUCGCGACAGAAUAGCGCGAUGAGCGUUCGGGAUGUUAUGAACUCGCUUGAUAACUCCGCCUGGGGUGAGAGUAUUCGGCGAAGUUUUACGCAGCGCCGGUCGGGCGACCGAUCUAGCGACCGAUCAGGAUAG